GUGCUGUGCUUCCAGACAGCCAAGCCUCAGUCCAUGGCCGUGGCAGCAGGCGGAUACAACGUCUCGACCAACAUCAGACCUCGCCGCCGCACAAUCGACCGCAAUUCACAACCCACCUCGUCGUCCAUCUCGACGCCCUUCUCUGCCACCGCUCCCACCGGCCCGUCCUUCGACUCCAUCCCCGAGGACCACGCCAAACGUGACCACAAGGACAAGCAGCACUCUUCGCCCGCACGCUUCCUGCUGGGCGUGCGCCUGCCAAUGUUCUCCGAUGUUGCCGCUGGCUGGCAGUCGCAUUGGCUCAGCCGACUGCGUUCUGCCCUGCGUCUGCUGGUCGUGGUGUUGAGCGGCGCCGUCAUUGUCUUCCUGGCCCACACCCUCGAGAUCCGCCGCAGCAAUCGCUACCUCGAUCUCCGCAAGGGCGAGUUGCCAAUGACAUGGCCUGCCCACACCAAUUUCUACCCGACCUCAAUCCUCUUGCUGGUUGCAGUCGGCAACUUUGUGGCCUCAAUCGCCUCCAUUGCUCUUUCCUUCCGCCGCUCUUUCCGCCGCCCAGCUCGCUCCGGCAACACCUGGCGCAUUGUGGGCCACUGCCUCAUCACUCUCAUAUGGGCUGCUGCUAUCACUGCAUUCACUCUUCUCGACAACAAGUACAAGGCGAGCUUGGGCAGAUAUGCUUGCCACAAUCAGAACGUCAUGAGCAAUGGCCGCUACCAGUAUCGCGCUGUCUGCGAAGAGCAAGGUAUGGCAUUCUACAUGGCCAUCACUGCCGCCGUGGCCGAGCUUGCCGUAGCCGUGUCGCUCGCAACGUCUUCGUUUUUCCCCGCAAAGCAACAAACAAUAUACCGCUACAAGGACGACCAUGAAAAGCACAAGCGCUCCAUGAGCUUUGGCGUGACUGGUCGCCAGGCUUGA